GCCUACGAGGCACGGCUGGCGGCCAUCAUGGCCGAAAGCAAGCAGCGGCAGCAGCACGGAAGAAGAGGGAAGCAGAUGCCGAGAAGCAGCGUCUUCUGGCUGAAGAACAGCGGCAGAAGCACGCGGAAGCAGCAGCCAAGGCAGCGGAUGGGGAACGCACACGGCGACGCGAGAUUCUAUUCCGGGAGGAAAAUGCAUUAUACGCACAAGCCAACGAUUGGCAGAAGGAGGCYGAGAGCRGCGAUMCCGUUGACGUCGGGAGCAKAGUAUYUYAGCUGCUCAACCGUGUCACGGACCUCCUCGCGACUUGCAUCGCGCAACAGGAGGAUAUCCACUCUCUCGACAACACCAACAAGGCGUUACAGCAGUCAACGGACCAGAUGCUCAAGCGCAUUCAGCAGCUGGAGCAGCAGGUCGCUAACGCCAAUGCCAGCGCCGGCCYCACCGAUCUCGCCGACCGCAUCAACGUCUUGGAGAUAGACGUGGGGACACUCAAGGCCGGGGCACAACAGCACGUCUGUGCCGCAGCCAGCUCCAGCACGGCGCCACGCGAGACCAUUGUCAAGUUUGACGGGCUCCCGAUCUUCUGUGACGCAUCGAAGACCGACCCCAUCCAAUGGCGGCGCCAGUUUGAACUCAAGCUGGACAUCCACCACGUCAUCGACGCAAAUUGGCAUGCAUACUUGUACUCCCGCUCGGGAGGCGCGUGUCAGGCAUGGUUGGACAACAUGCUGUCCGCCCAUGCAUGUACAGUCACCGAGUUGCACAAUUACAUCUCCUGGGCAGAUCUCACGGUGGCAUGGAAGAAGCGCUUCCAAGUAGAACCGCUCGAGCACAAGGCGAUGGACAAGCUGCUGACGUUUUCGCAGAACAGUAUGCCAAGCGGAGACUGGAUAUCCGAGUACCAGCGACUGGCAAGCACGCCCAAGUUGCCGAUGAACUUCGACGGCAUCAAACUCUACUUCAUCAAGAGGUCGUGCCCAGCGCUGAAGGCACACCCUAUGACGAUCAAGCUGGUGGACGGUCAAACGCAACAACUCCUUGAUCGCUACAUCGAAGCCGUCCUGGUUUAUUUUGCACCUCAUGCAUGCGAACCGGUGACGUUCGACGUCUUGGACACGGACUUCGACAUCAUUUUGGGCAUGCCUUGGCUUGCAAGUGCGGAUCACACGGUCAACUUCCACCCGCGGACACUUAUGGUUCGCGACGCGUUCGGCGCCGAAGUACCAUGUACCAUUCCUCCUCCGCAGACUUCGAUCCGGUGCCAAGUUGUAACCGCCAAGUCUUUUCGGGCCACUUGUGCUUACGAGCGGACCGAAGAGAUCGGCUUAUGUUUUCUUCGAACCGUCGCGGUAGCCGACUCUCAACCCACGGACUUGUCUUCAGACCCCCGGGUGGUGCGGUUGCUCGACGAAUUUGCCGACGUCUUCGAGUCACCUACCGGCGUGGUGCCGGAUCGGCCGAUCUCGCACGAGAUCAUUCUUGAGGCCGGUGUCGCGCCGCCGAAAGGUUGCAUUUAUCGCAUGAGCGAGGAGGAACUUACAGUACUCCGCGCGCAGCUCAACGACUUGUUGGACAAAGGCUGGAUCCGGCCUAGGAGCUCACCCUAUGGUGCGCCAGUUCUCUUCGUUCGGAAGAAGAACAAGGACCUUCGCCUAUGCAUUGAUUACCGCGAGCUCAAUGCGCAAACCGUUAAGAACGCGGGACCUCUUCCUCGUAUUGACGACCUUUUGGAGCGCUUGGGCGGUGCAAAAUUCUUCUCUAAGAUGGACUUGAAGUCGGGAUACCAUCAUAUCUCGAUUCGGCCGCAAGAUCGCUACAAGACUGUCGUGCCGCCGAAAGGUUGCAUUUAUCGCAUGAGCGAGGAGGAACUUACAGUACUCCGCGCGCAGCUCGACGACUUGUUGGACAAAGGCUGGAUCCGGCCUAGUAGCUCACCCUAUGGUGCGCUAGUUCUCUUCGUUCGGAAGAAGAACAAGGACCUUCGCCUAUGCAUCGAUUACCGCGAGCUCAAUGCGCAAACCGUUAAGAACGCGGGACCUCUUCCUCGUAUUGACGACCUUUUGGAGCGCUUGAGCGGUGCAAAAUUCUUCUCUAAGCUGGACUUGAAGUCGGGAUACCAUCAUAUCUCGAUUCGGCCGCAAGAUCGCUACAAGACCGCGUUCAAGACACGAUACGGGCACGUCGAGUGGGUUGUUAUGCCUUUUGGACUCACCAACGCCUCAGCGACUUUUCAAGCGGCGAUGACCAACGAGUUCCGAGCAAUGUUGGACCGGUUCGUGCUGGUCUACUUGGAUGACAUCCUCGUCUAUAGCCGGACCUUGGAGGAACAUCUUGACCAUCUUCGACGAGUGGAAGCGAUUGCCAUGGACAUCACCAGGCCGUUCCCCAAGCACAAGACGGGCAUCGACGGGAUACUCACGGUGGUCGACCGCCUCACCAAGUUUGCCAUGUUCUUGCCUUGCCACUAUCACGCCAAGGCACCGGAAUUGGCCGAGGUUCUCUACACCGGUUGGAUUCGAACCAAGGGUUACCCCAAGGAAAUCGUAUGCGACCACGGCACUCGGUUCAUGUCCGAUUUUUGGUUGGCGCUCAUCAAGCGAUGGGGCUCAUCCCUCAAGCCAAGUUGCACGCCACCCCCAAACCGAUGGCCAAACGGAGAGGGCACAUCAGACCGCACAGGUCCUUCUUCGCACUCUCAUCCGUCCCGACCAAAAGGAUUGGGUCGAGCGGCUGCCGGAGGUCGAAUUGGCUUACAACUCGUCCAUCCAUCCGGCCAUCGGGAUGUCGACGUUUGAGUUUGAGCAUGGCUCGCCGGUCAACUCUCCAUUGGACACAAUCAUGCCACGGACGAUCGAGAGCGACAACCACCUUCUCUUCAUUCGUCGGAUGCAAGAACUUCUUGUCAAGGCCCGCGACCAGAUGUCGAAGACACAACAACGUAUGAGCCAACAGGCCAACCGCCAGCGUCUUCCUUGUCCGUUCCGCGCCAGCGACCUCGU